GCAGGUGAUCAGAAAGACACUCAGAGAACGUUUCUCCUUUAGAUAAGCUGUAAUCAUGUCAUACUAUGAGGAAAAAAUCAAGAAAAUGCUGCCUAAGGCAUAUCUGCGCAAGCAUGUGGCUCAUGAGAUAAGUGUUGCUGUGACUCACUUCAAACACCUUGUGCCAGUGAUGGACAAAUACUUUUACAACGAUGGAACCACAAAAGACUUGAUGAGUCUAACUGGAACCAUUCCAGUCAAGUUUGAAGAUGAGACCUUUAACAUCCCUGUGUGUCUGUGGCUUGAGGAAAGCUACCCUCAAACUGCUCCCAUGUGCUACGUCAAUCCCACACGGGAGAUGAAGGUGCUCAAAGGAAAGUUUAUGUCCAGCAACGGUGAAGUGAUGCUGCCGUACCUUAAUGAAUGGAAAAAUGGUCAAUGUGAUCUUGUGAGCCUCCUCCAGGUGAUGUGUGUCAUGUUUGGAGAACACCCUCCUUUAUGCAGCCUCUUACAUCAACCCGAUCCAGAGCCAGAACAGGCCUCCUGUUGGCUGCAGUUCCACAGACAAGCACAGGUGUUUUCCAAAUCAGAUGGAAGUAUGUAUCUGAGUUUAUCCGAGGAGGAUGGUCAGCAUUUUCAGCAGGAACAUGAAACAAACUGCUAGUCUCUGGUGAAAGUUUCACGACCAUUUUUGUUAGGACUCUGUUUUCUGACUGUGAUUUUGUGUUUCUUUUCCUUUAUCAAUGGUAUCCAUUCAUAUGUUUGUGUCAUUAAUUAAUUCUGCUUGUCCAGUAAAUAUCAAGCCUGAUAGAUACAAAAUUUUUGAUUAUGUUUGGUGAAGAUUUAGUGCACUUUUCAACAUGCUUUUGAGUGUUUUUUCAUCUGAACAUAUCCAGCUGCUUAGGCAUAUGCCUGACUUUAUUGCCCCGGAUCAUUUUAUAACCUUGUUUGACUGCACAUAGAGAAUUCAUUUUAUUCUGCCUUAUCUAGAAAUGUUUUGGACUACUGACCCGUGAAUAGAUCUAUGGGUAGUUUCAGGAACACACACCCUGCCAUAUGCAGCCCAAUAAAGGAUGAUUUGUCUCUCACACUGUGGAAAUAAUUUAAGUUUGAGGGGAGUAAAAAGUUGAAGAUUUCAACAUUUCUCCUUAUUUUAUAACCUAAAAUAUAUUGUCUACUGUAGGCCAACUUUGUUUUGCACAUUGAUAAAAAUUGUUGCACGUGUUUAAAAUUGUUGAGUUCAUUAAAAAAAUUCAACUGAUUUAUAAAACAUAUCUAUUAAUCUCAAAGUUUGACACAAAGUCUAAACUACAAAACCACAGAGAAAAACUGGACUCUUGAGAAAAGUGACAUAAUUAUUAUAUUAAAUACAAUAAAAUGUCAUGUCCAACAAGUGUGUGUUUUCUUUGUGGAAACUACUUCAAGGAUAAAUGGCAAAUCAAAGUGUUUUAUACAAUUUUGAAGACAAUUUCUGCAUUGUGGUGUGUGAC